AUGGCAACCAUCCAGGAUAGACAUGCUCCUCAGCAAUCCGUAUACCCACGCAGCCACGUUGGUUUCGACAGUAUCACAUCGCAGAUUGAGCGCAAGCUCUUGAAGCGUGGUUUCCAAUUCAAUGUUAUCUGUGUUGGACAAACCGGUCUCGGAAAGUCAACUCUGAUUAACACCAUCUUUGCCUCGCACUUGAUCGACUCCAAGGGAAGACUCACCCCCGACGAGCCUGUACGAUCGACAACCGAAAUUCAAACCGUCUCCCACAUUAUCGAGGAAAAUGGAGUCCGUCUGCGCUUGAACAUUGUUGAUACCCCAGGUUACGGAGACCAGGUCAACAACGAUAGAUGCUGGGACCCAAUUGUCAAGUACAUUAAAGAUCAACAUUCCGCAUACCUCCGAAAGGAACUCACAGCCCAGCGUGAACGUUAUAUUCAAGAUACCCGCAUUCACUGCUGCUUGUUCUUCAUUCAACCAUCUGGCCAUGCCCUGAAGCCAAUUGAUAUUGUUGUGUUGAAGAAGCUUUCAGAUGUUGUCAACGUCGUUCCAGUCAUUGCCAAGUCCGAUUCUCUGACCCUCGAGGAGCGAAGCGCAUUCAAGGAGCGCAUAAAGGAGGAGUUUGCGUUCCAUAACCUUAAGAUGUACCCAUACGACAACGAUGAGUUUGACGAGGAGGAGCGUGCUUUGAAUGCUCAGAUCAAGAACAUCAUUCCAUUUGCUGUUGUUGGAUCUGAGAAGUCAAUUAUUGUUGGAGGCAAGCAAGUCCGUGGCCGCCAAAACAGAUGGGGAGUCAUCAACGUUGAAGAUGAGAACCACUGCGAGUUUGUCUACCUCAGAAACUUCCUCACCCGAACCCACCUCCAAGAUUUGAUCGAAACCACCUCGCAAAUUCACUACGAGACCUUCCGUGCCAAGCAAUUGCUUGCACUUAAGGAGAGCAGCGCAGCAGGUCACGCUGGAUCCCGACCAAUCAGCCCAGCAGCCGAUAGAGAACUGAGCAGAAAUUCUCAAAGGAUGACCAUGAACGGCUACUAG